AUGGCGGACCAAAGACCCGUCGUCGUGGACAACGGUACCGGUUUCGUAAAGGUCGGUUACGCUGGCUCCAACUUCCCCGAACAUGUCUUUCCAUCCAUCGUCGGUCGACCCAUCCUCCGUUCCGAAGAGCGCGAUGCCAUCUCGAGCAACACGGGUACGCAGAUCAAGGACAUCAUGGUGGGCACAGAGGCAGAGGAGCUCCGUAACUACCUCCAGAUCAACCAGCCUAUGGAACACGGUAUCGUUAAGGACUUUGGUGACAUGCGUCACGUCUGGAACUACACCUUUGACGAAAAGCUUCGAAUCGACCCGCAGGGACGCAAGAUCCUCUUGACCGAACCCCCAAUGAACCCCAAGAAGAACCGCGAAGAGAUGUGUCAGAUCAUGUUUGAAGAGUACGGCUUCGACGGUGUCUACGUCGCCAUCCAGGCCGUGUUGACGCUCUACGCACAGGGUCUCCAGACGGGCGUGGUGGUGGAUUCGGGUGAUGGUGUCACCCACGUCGUCCCCGUCUUUGAAGGUUUCGCACUGCCGCAUCUCACCAAGCGUCUCGACGUGGCAGGCCGUGACGUCACCCGCUACCUGAUCAAGCUGCUUCUCAUGCGCGGAUACGCUUUCAACCGAACCGCCGACUUCGACACGGUACGACAGAUCAAGGAGAAGCUCUGCUACGUGAGCUACGACCUCGACCUCGACAAGAAGCUCGCCGAAGAAACCACCACGCUCGUCGAAUCCUACACGCUCCCCGACGGUCGAGUCAUCAAGGUGGGCUCGGAACGCUUCGAGGCACCCGAGUGCAUCUUCCAACCACACUUGGUCGACGUCGAGCAGGCCGGUGUCGCCGAACUGCUCUUCAACACCAUCCAAUCUGCCGCCGUGGAUACGCGUUCCGAGCUGUACAAGCAUAUUGUGCUCUCCGGCGGUUCGUCCAUGUAUCCCGGCCUGCCGAGUCGUCUGGAGAAGGAGAUGAAGCAGCUCUACUUGACACGCGUCCUCAACGGAGACGGUUCCAGGUUGAAGAACUUCAAGAUCAGGAUUGAGGACCCACCCAGGAGAAAGCACAUGGUCUUCUUGGGAGGUGCCGUGCUGGCCGACAUCAUGAAGAACAGGGAGAGCUUCUGGAUCUCGCGUGCAGAGUGGUACGAACAGGGCAAGGCGUGUCUCGACCGACUUGGUCGUCAUUCUUAG